AUGGCAUCCUAUGCAGCCACACUACUGGCCCUCAGCCUGCUAAGCCUCUGGACUUCUCCUGCUCUGGGAGAUGCCAACGAUGCUGAAGACUGCUGCCUGUCUGUGACUCAGCACCCCAUCCCUGGGAAUCUGGUUCGAGCCUUUCGCUACCUGCUCAUUCGAGAUGGCUGCAGGCUGCCUGCCGUGGUGUUCACCACGCUGAAAGGUCGCGAGCUCUGUGCACCCCCUGGCCAGCCCUGGGUGGAGCGCAUCAUCAAGAGACUGAAGAGGAAAUCUGCUAAGAGCAAGCACCACCGCAACUAG